AUGCUGAUUAGGUUAAAGAAGAGAAAAAUCCUGCAGGUCAUCGUGAGCGCAGUAGUGCUAAUUUUAUUUUUUUGUUCUGUGCAUAAUGAUGUGUCUUCUAGUUGGUUAUACGGUAAAAAGCUUAGAUUGCCGGUUCUAACAAGGUCGAACCUUAAAAACAAUUUUUACACAACACUGGUACAAGCCAUCGUGGAAAACAAGCCGGCAGAUUCGUCUCCGGACUUGAGUAAGUUGCAUGGGGCGGAAGGGUGUAGCUUUGCAAAUAACGUUGCUGCACACGACUCUGGACACGAUAGUGACUUAAGUUACGAGAGCUUGAGUAAAUGCUAUAAUUUGAAUAAAACAGUACAAGAAAGCCUACGAGAAGUGCACAGUAAGUUUACAGACACCUUAUCAGGGAAACUGAAUUUUUCCAUCCCACAAAGAGAGGCACUUUUCUCAGGUUCUGAGGGCAUUGUCACCAUUGGAGGUGGAAAGUAUUCUGUGCUCGCGUAUACGAUGAUCAAAAAGUUGAGGGACACGGGUACUACAUUGCCUAUUGAAGUCAUCAUUCCGCCUCAGGACGAAGGCGAGGAUGAUUUUUGUAAGAACUGGUUGCCGAAAUUCAAUGGUAAGUGCAUUUAUUUCUCAGAUAUCGUUCCUUCAAAGCCAUUAAGCGAUUUAAAACUCACGCACUUCCAGUUGAAAGUCUUUGGGUUGAUAAUUUCCAGUUUCAAGCGUAUUAUCUUCUUGGACGCAGAUAACUAUGCGGUGAAAAACCUUGACCUUGCUUUUAACACUACAUCCUUCAACGAUACUGGCCUGAUAUUGUGGCCCGAUUUUUGGAGACGUGUCACCCCUCCCGCCUUUUACAACAUUAUAGGAUCUAGCAUUAACAUCGGCAAAAGAGUCCGUUUUGUUAGUGACGAUAUUUCCCCCGUGUCACGUUAUGAUCCAUUUGUUAGUAACUCAAACGAUUACACUCCAAAGGAGAGACAGGAGCAUUUCCUGAAACAUGUUCCCUUACAUGAUCUGGACGGCACGAUGCCAGACUUGAGCUCUGAAUCAGGCCAGAUGGUGAUUGAUAAGAUUCGCCAUUUCAACACUCUAUUACUGGCGCUAUACUAUAAUGUUUAUGGGCCUACCUGGUAUUAUAAGAUGAUUUCUCAAGGCACUGCCGGUGAAGGUGACAAAGACACUUUCGUCGCUGCUGCCCAUGCCUUGAAUAUGCCAUACUAUCAAGUGAGGACUAACUUUGAAUUUGAUGGUUUCUUCUAUCAAAAAGAUGAUUACAAGGGUCUCGCCUUGCUCCAGCAUGAUUUUGAACAAGAUUACAAGCAAUACCAAAAGGCGCAGCAGAAAGUUAAAGCCAACAUUGAGGAAUUUUCCAAACUGGAUCCAGAUUAUACUUUGGACAAUGGUUUCUUGAAAACUUUGAUGGUUAAUGAUGACGGUUCUGAUUUGGAUAUCAUGUUCAUUCAUGCCAGUUUCUACAAGGCAGAUCCAUGGACUCUUUAUCAUGAAAACAGAUUUAUCGGUCCAAAUGGCGAACAAGUACGGGGCUUCAGGAAGCCGCAUCGCUAUGGAAUGGAUUUUGAAUUGUUUUUAUUCAAUGAUAUGAGGGGGUCCUUCUGUACCACUCCGAAAAGCCAAGUUAUUAAAUUCAAGUAUUUUACCGAUAAAGUUAAUACCCCAGAAUGGGAUGCAAUGUGUGAGUAUUUGACCAAUCAUGUUAAUUAUCUGGAGAGCACACACAAAGAAGCUAUGGGGGAGAAAAACUAA